CUUGUCUGACAGUGUUGCUGAGGCCGGGGACGACUGUUGGCUUUAUCUCUUAUAUUAUUGUGAUGUGAAAUAAUGUCCGAGGAACAAACUAAUUCACAUGGCUCAGUGGUGGUUGGGGGAGAUGUAAGCAUAAAUACAGCUGCUGGAGAUCAAGAACAGCUAAUUGUUGGACAGGAACACCAUCACUACCCUCUGCCUGUCAUCCCUGCACUUUACGCUAAGCUCUUGUUGUUGAUUGUGCUGCCAGCUGGAGGAUUUCUGGUGCCUGUAUUGCAUCGUGUGGACACAGGAACAGAUGCCUUCUCUGCACUUCAGUAUCUCCAUGUUAUCAUAUGGGGCUUUGUCAUGAUGUUGACUUGGUAUAUAAAAGCCGAGCACAAGAAGUCUCGCAUCUUAGGCUACCAUGAUUUUUACAACACGACAAGACAUCUGCAUAGAAUCACAUUUUACAUCCUUAGUGGGGGUAAUGUCAUCUUAAUAGUGUUGGGAAGCGUGGUGAAAGACUACUGUCUUGGAAACAGCUCUUCCAGGUGUAGCUUAGCGAUCUCCCUCACUCCUGUCACCUAUCAGCAAAUCAUCUUUUUCCUGGAGAUUUUCUUUGCCAUACCUUUUGUCAUCAAACACAUAGUGGAUGUUGUUCGAUUCAACAUAGCAGAAGCUCCCCCGGACACCUUGGCAGAAGACGUGGCAUUAAGAUUCACCCAUCCAGAUUCAUAUGUUGGAGUUAGGGGUCCAAGUAACCUUGAACGGGUUCUUGAACGCCAGGCAGACUUACUUCAAGUUCUUCGACACAGGAACUCAGUUUUGACUCGGCAAGUUUACUUGCUAUCUCAGCAAAUUCAUCAGGCUUAAAAACUGUCAUGACUUCCAUGUGUAAUAUUCAUUCAAAGUUAGUUUACUGUUUUUUUCUAUUUGUAGUGUCAUUAGUUUUGCAACUACUUCGUGCAUGUGAUUGAUGCUAGCUAGCAGUUUAGUGUAUGAGUAUUAUACUUGUUAUAUCUAUCUAUUAACUUGAUAGUUCAGGGAUUCAUCCCUGCCAGAGUUUGGUUUGUAUGUUUUGAUUGAAUUCUAUAUUCUUAUAAACAGAUAAGGUGAAUUACAAAACUUAGAUCUUGAAGUACAGGUAUUAGAUUUGGAAGGCAAUUGUACAGUACUUCUUUGUGUAAUGCGUAUGCUUUGGGAUCUGAUUAAUGAAUUCAUGUAAAAUAUGGAACUUAUUAAAGCUGUUGAAUAUUUUAUUGAAUGAUAAAAGGUAUUUGUUGGCACGUCUCUGGGAAAGGAGACAAUAUUGAUAACAAUCAUACUCAUUUUAACUAAAGGUUACUACAGUACUUAGUUGUGACUACUUAAUGCAAAACACACUUGCAGCUUUUUUGGUGGUUAAGCUUUUUCAGUGUCCUUUACCACCAUGAUGGCCUUAUGGAGAAUUAAUAGAAAACUAUUCUGGUGGUGGUUUUAAGAAACUUCCUUAUAAAACCCAAAUGUUUUUUGCAAAUUCCCCAGUAAUUUUUGUCAAACUCAUUGUAUCUACUGUUGCAGCAUCUGCAGACAUAGUUUGUCGGUUUCAAGUCCAUUUGGAAUUAGUUUUCAGAGUUUCUGUUUGGAUAUACGCAUAUCAUGUAAAUGACAGAGAAAUGUUUUCACCCAGAAGGAUACCAUAAUAUUCUGUGAUGGGCCAUGACAUAAAUGCUAGAUUGGUAAGUGUUUCUAGUUUAAAGCAUAUUUGACACAAAUGUUUACAACCAUGCAUUUUUGGUAUAAUACAAGCUUGUGAAAGUCCCUUUUAGCACUUGCGGUACAAUCUUGUAUAUCAGUUGUAAUUUUUCUUAGGCAGUAAUAGUUUUCACACUAACAGACAAAUAUUUAAUCUGUACUUUGGACUGUUUGCACCACUGUGCCAUUAAUUGAUUGAUCAACCAGUGCCAGUGAUUGAUUAUGUUGUGUUAGCAAUAGAUCCUCACACUUGUGAAACUAAGGGUUAAGUUAAGGCUAAAGUUGUUUGUUCACACAACAUAGUUUAUCAGUGGUGCAGAUCACAUGUUGCAUACACUUCAGUCAUAAAUUUUGGAUAAUUUUCUAUGCUGUAACAGUGACAUUAUUUACAUGUAUAAUAAGCACUAAACUGAAUAUUGAAAUGUACACAAGCCUGUAUGUACUAUAUAAUUAUUAAAUUAUUACAGUAGACCCCCAUUCAUGUGCAAGGUUGCCUCCAUAAGAGGUUUACAUAAACACAUUUGUGUAAAUGUGAAUAUGUAAUGUAAUGAAAAGUGGCUUCGACCUGAGGUACCUCCAAGACCAUCCAUUACAGCGGUUUACACAUCCUGUAUACCUUACUGCAGCCUUCAUAUUGUAUCAGUUUUACACCUAAAAACUGAUGAAACAGUCAUAAGACAUUCAUUUUACAUCACCAUUGUUAGAAAGGAUAGUGUUGAAUGUUCUUCAUUUACUCAGAAGUGACACAAUACAAAAUGUCACUCUGUGGAUUGAAGCCGGGGGGAAUAUGGCCUAAGGUAGCUCUGCCCAUACACCCCACAUGAAGCCUGGUGAAGUGAGGUGAUAGGUGAGGUCAAGUAAUAUUGCCUGCAUGUUUUACAGGUGGGCUGGUGGUGGUGGCAUAAUGAGGAAUUAGCUAGAUGGUGUUGUGAUCAAGGUGAGAUGGCCUGGUGUCGGUGGUGGUGCUGGUGUGUGAAGGAGGGAGUGUGUGCAGAUGUAGGUGAGAGGAGAAAGUAUGUAAGAAAUGGAAUGAAGUUUAUGAGUGAAAGAGAGAGAUAUGUGGGUGAGCUGUUGUAAAUUCCCGUGAUAUAUUUUACACUUGGCAAUUGUAAAAUAAAACAAUCUUUAUACAGUGUGUGUGUGUGUAUAUAUAUAUAUGUAUAUAUAUAUAUAUAUAUAUAUAUAUAUAUAUAUAU